AUGAUGCUCCAAUCGACCCGAAGCGCCCUGCGCGUGGCCCACGCCCGCAGCGGCCUCAUGAGCCAGACGGCCAGCCGCGCCUUCUCCACCUCGAUGAUUCAGAACAAGGAUGUGCAGAACAUCACCGUCUUCGGUGCGGGUCUCAUGGGUGCCGGUAUCGCACAGGUACUCGCGCACAAGGGCAAGUUCAAUGUGACGCUCUCGGACGUCACGGACAAGGCGCUGGCCAACGGUCAGACCAUCAUCUCCAAGUCGCUCGGCCGCAUCGCCAAGAAGGCCAUGGCCGAAGCCAGCGCUGAGGAGCAGGCCCAGUUCGUCAAGGGCAUCGUUGACUCGAUCAAGGUCACCACAGACCCUGAAGCGGCUGUCAAGGACACCGACCUCGUCAUCGAGGCAAUCAUCGAGAACGUUGGCAUCAAGAAGGACCUCUUUGGCUUCCUCGACGGCAAGGCGCCCAAGGAUGCGCUCUUCGCCUCCAACACCAGCUCCCUCUCCAUCACCGACGUCGCCGAGGCUGUCUCGGCGCAGAGGCAGGAGCUUUUUGGAGGUUUCCACGCCUUCAACCCAGUCCCCCAGAUGAAGCUCGUCGAGGUCAUCCGUACCACCAAGACCAGCAACGACACAUUCGACUCGCUGACCGAGGUGGCCAAGCGCAUGGGCAAGACCCCCGUUGCCUGCAUUGACUCGCCUGGCUUCAUUGUCAACCGCUUGCUGGUGCCUUACAUGCUCGAGGCGAUCCGACUGGUGGAGCGCGGCGAGGCGACCGCCAAGGACGUCGACAUUGCCAUGAAGCUCGGAGCGGGAUACCCCAUGGGUCCCUUUGAGCUUGCCGACCUCGUCGGUCUCGACACGCUCUCGCACAUCGCCAAGGGCUGGAGGGAGACGCGCGUCAAGACGGGCGAGAUCUCGUCGGAAACCGUUGCCGAGUCGUCGCUUCUCGAGAAUCUCGUCAAGCAGGGCAAGCUCGGCAAGAAGAGCGGCGAGAAGGGCGGCUUCUACGAGUACCCUGCUCCUGCCAAGAAGUGA